AUGUCUGAGUCAGUUUCUGCCAAUGCAGUGUGGCAGUACGAUUACAUCGAUCAUUAUCGACUUGACGAGAACAUCAUCGGUGGCUUCCUGGAUCGAAAGUGGGGACACUACAAAUAUUAUGUUAGGCGCAAGGGCGAUGAAUUCCGCUUCUGGGUGCCCCGGGCUCUUGACAAAGACGAGAAGAAUAAGUUGAUAGAGCUCCGCAAGCCGAAAGCAUAG